AGUGUCCAUGUUGCCUGUCAUUGCAGAGACUCGAGAAGUGGCCAUAAAAGAGGAGAGCUAAUCACUAUGGUUUCUGAAGAAAGAACAGCAGGUACCAAGAUGACGAUUCUGCAAACUCCGGUUGGAGCGAGGAGCAUCGUGACCUGCUUAGUGGCUUUCUUCAUCUUAGCCAGUUCCAUCGUCUUCCUCCUUGACAAAGGCCAGGAAGUGCAAAUGGCAGUCGAGCACCGACACCAACAAGUGCAGGUGAAGGUUGAAGCUAGACUCCAAGAACCAGCCAUGGGAGGGGCAACUGAGGUGGACACGAGCGAGGAGGAUUGCAACUGGUCGAGGGGGCGGUGGGUGUACGACAACGUGUCCCGGCCAUUGUACUCCGGCUUCAAGUGCGCCUUCAUCUUCCGGGAGGUGGCUUGUGACAAAUAUGGCAGGAAGGAUGUGAUGUACCAGCACUGGAGAUGGCAGCCUCAUGGAUGCAAACUUCCAAGAUUCGAUGCCAUCAAGCUGCUUGAAAAGCUGAGGAACAAGAGAUUGGUGUUUGUGGGUGACUCGGUCAACAGGAACCAAUGGGUGUCCCUCGUGUGCUUGGUGGAGGCCUCAAUACCUGACGACAGGCUCAAGAUGCGCGUAUUCAAUGGUUCGCUCAUCUCCUUCAAGGCAUUGGAGUACAAUGCAACCAUAGAUUUCUACUGGUCACCGCUGCUCGUGGAAUCCAACAGCGACAACCCCAUUAUCCACCGGGUGGAUUACCGGAUCAUACGGGCUGACAGAAUCGAGAAGCAUGCCAAUGUCUGGAGGGAUGCUGACAUCAUUGUUUUCAAUUCUUACCUAUGGUGGAGGAAGCAGAGGGAUGACAUGACGAUGAAGGUCAUGUAUGGUUCAUUCGAAGAUGGUGAUGCAAGGUUAGAUGAAGUGGAAAUGACAGAGGGAUUCGAGAUAGCUCUUAAGAAACUAACGGAAUGGCUUGGUGAGAAUAUUGAUAAGAACAAGACUAGAAUCUUUUUUGUAGGAUCAUCACCAACACAUUUGAGGGCUAGCAAGUGGGGUGGAGAAGACAGCAACAAGUGUCUCAAUGAAACAGAACCGAUCUACAAAGACGGAUACGCAGCUGCAGAUUACAGCUUGAUGGCAAAGGCUAAGUCGUAUUUUCAAACAUUGGAGCCAAAAGGUAUACAUGUUCAGAUACUAAACAUCACUGAGCUGUCUGAAUACCGCAAGGACGGGCAUCCUACGGUGUUCAGGGGACAGUUCGUUCCUCUGACUAAAGAGCAGAUUGCGAACCCGGCCAGCUAUGCAGAUUGCACGCAUUGGUGCCUCCCUGGCGUUCCUGAUGUCUGGAACGAGUUUUUAUAUGGGUACCUCAUAUAGAAAUGAUAUACAGUAAUGUCAGAUGUAACUAUAUUAUAAUGUACAAAUGACAUACUCCGUCUAGAUUAGGGUGCUACUGUGCAGAGAAUUACUGAAGACGAAACAGUCAAAAUGAACAGUAUGUAUCAGUGACUGUACUAUUUGUUUUCAUCUGACAGAGCAACAUAAUGUAUCAUGGCAAAGAACAACUUAAGAAUGAAUA